AUGGAAAGGGAGCAACAGCUCAAGAAGUACGAGCAGCACCAAGUUCGCAUGAAGUUUGAGGUAGUACCACCAACUGCCCUCUCUGAGGUGUACCAUCACAUUAAUGACUGUCUGCCCGCGACCAACAGCCUUGCCCCAAGGCGUGCACGAUCGUCUCGUGGUGUAGCAUUCGGCACCGACACACACAACCCGCACUGCCGUAGAUGUUCGAAGCAGUUUCCGUGCACACUAGUCCAGCUUUGCGACAACCUCCUCACGCAGACGGAAUGCGCCCCAGGACAAUGCAGCGCUAAUGAGCUUUGCCAAAACCAAGCCAUUUUCAAGAAACUCUUCCCCCCCACAACAGUUGUUGCUGAUUCAAAGUUGACCCAUGCAUUGCGUGUCGAUGAAAGUGUCCCUGCAGGAACAAAAAUCAUCGAGUACGUGGGUGAACACAUCGGCAAAGACGAGGUUGCAGCACGGAAGGAAAAGCGUCAUGGCGCGAAGGAUUGGUACAUCGCGCGUGUGGGCACCAACGGAGACUUGUACGUUGACGCCUCGAAGUUCGGUAACAACUCGCGGUUUAUCAAUCAUGCCUGCGUUCCGAAUUGCCGCUUCGAGGUAUGGUAUGUAGACACUAAACCAAGACUCAUGGUGGUCGCGAACACUGCUCUCGAGCAAGGCACUAUAUUGACGCUCUCUUACAUGAACGCGGUGUGGAACAUCACUUGCGUAUGUGGGGCAUGCGACGGACAUGCCGCGACGUUUCGAAAUGCUGCUUGGAUCUAG